GGCGUCGCGGUGGUUGCCGGGAGCCAGCGUCCGGCCGCCCGGACCAGGAAGUGGAGGGCGGAGCCGGCUCCGCGGCCAGUGGCUGGAGUCCCCCCUCGGCAGCAUUAUGGAUCCAAGCCUGUUGAGAGACAGAGAGCUAUUCAAAAAACGAGCUCUUUCCACCCCUGUGGUUGAAAAACGUGCUGUGCCUUCUGAGUUGCCCUCUGCCUCAUCCAAGAAGAAGAAAGCAAAGGUCGAACAUGGAGGGUCAUCAGGCUCUAAACAAAAUACAGAUCAUAGCAAUGGAUCAUUUAACUUGAAAGCACUAUCUGGAAGCUCUGGAUAUAAGUUUGGUGUUCUUGCGAAGAUUGUGAAUUACAUGAAAACACGGCAUCAGCGAGGAGACACAUAUCCUUUAACUCUAGAAGAGAUUUUGGAUGAGACACAACACUUGGAUAUUGGACUCAAGCAGAAGCAAUGGCUAAUGACUGAGGCUUUAGUCAACAAUCCCAAAAUUGAAGUAGUAGAUGGGAAAUAUGCCUUCAAGCCAAAGUACAACCUGAAAGAUAAGAAGGCCCUGCUCAGGCUUCUGGAUAACCAUGACCAGCGAGGGUUAGGAGGGAUCCUGUUAGAAGACAUCGAGGAAGGACUGCCUAAUUCCCAGAAGGCUGUCAAGGCUUUAGGGGACCAGAUACUGUUUGUAAAUCGUCCUGAUAAGAAGAAAAUACUUUUCUUCAAUGAUAAAAGCUGUCAGUUUUCUGUGGAUGAAGAGUUCCAGAAACUGUGGAGGAGUGUCACUGUGGACUCAAUGGAUGAGGAGAAAAUCGAGGAGUAUCUGAAGCGACAGGGGAUUUCUUCCAUGCAGGAAUCUGGACCAAAGAAAGUGGCCUCCAUUCAGAGAAGGAAAAAGCCUGCUUCACAGAAGAAGCGACGGUUCAAGACCCACAAUGAACACUUGGCUGGAGUGCUGAAGGAUUACUCAGACAUUACCCCUGGCAAAUAGGGACCAUUUCUAUCCUCAGACAAGGUUACAGACACACUGUCAAGAUCUUUCCUGAUGCUGGGGUCUGAGGACUUCCUGCCUUCCCGUCUGCUCCUCGGCUCUGAGGACAGGAGCAGCUGAGUUUACAGAACAGGAGCGGAUUACCAAAUGCAGCUACCAUCACCCAGCAGACUAGUGGGGAACGGUUCCUGUUAACUCCUGCGGUUGCUUGGUUUUAUAUUUUUUCUAGAAAGACACAUAGCAUGGCAUGCAGGUGUCUUUGCUAUUUGUCUUGAUUUCUAGAUGGUUCUUGAUUCCAUGUUUUCUCGAUUGCUUUAGAACAGGUUGGCUGGUAGUGCUGAAUGCAAUAUUUCUUUAUUCCAAGAGAAAAUAUUUAUAAUAAAAUCGAUUGUAGGAAGAUCUUUAAGAAGUUAGGAAAUUCAGUUUGUCUUUCUUAAUUCUUGGAAAUAGCAGGGAACAGCGGCAGUCACUGAUUGCGUGGGUGGGUGUUUGGGAUGUCCCAAAGAUCGGAGUCAGGACUGUUGGCAAGUGUGUGGAUUUCAUCUUUGGAACACAGGGUAUGACUCUGGUUAAUAAGCUAAGCAAUAAAAUUACACUAAACGUAACUGUUAAUGUUUUCUUUUAAAAAGGCUGAGUAUUUAGUAAGUUAGAGUCAUGGUUUGCUCCAUCUUGAACAAGGAUUAGGAGACGCUUCUUGCCAGGCUGAAUGUGGGCUUCACCACAGCCCAGCUCUCAGGAGCUGUCCUGGCUACUCCUGGUGGAGAGACCCUCUGUCACCUGUUCCUGGUCCAGUUCUGUGAGAGCCGUUACCAAGUGUGUGUGAAGUUUUAGGGUUCCCACUUGACCUUGUAAACAGGGCAUGUUCUUACCUGUCCUUUCAUGACUUGCCCUGCUCCUGUGUGGUGAUUAGCACAGGUUUCCUCUCACCCAUUGAAAUGGUAUUAUGGGAAUAUAAAAACCAAGUUUAAUAUUCUCAGAAAAGGGGUGACAGUACCCCAAAGCAUUGGGCUUCCGAUGAUAAUACUUCAUAUCUAUUUCACGUCAUCUAUAUGCAUUACCUUUCUUACUCCCAAGCUCCAAAAUAUGGUCUAAGAGGAUGUCACACGGUGGCUCCCACGUAAUUAGAAAAUAAGAAACUUACUGUCUUGCUUUGUGUCUGAAGGUUUUUGCUGGUAAGGAUCUAUAAUGCUUAAGGCAUCAAAUCUUUACCCAUACAUUAGAACUCGCUCAUCUCCCUGCAGAUGCCUCUGUUUGCAAACUGUGUUCUCCAAGCUAAGUUACGGGCCAGGUCUGGAAGGGCAAGUCUGUGUGUUUCAAAGGGCCUCAUCUGGCUCUAAGGAGGCAGACUCCAGACCUGCUGGACAGGUAGGUGCUCAGAUAUGUCUACUGCUAGGCCUGAGCCUAGGGACUUCCAGCUAAGCCUGCUCUUGUUUGUUUCUUGGGGACUGCCCUGAUAAUUCCUUUUUAAUUUCUUGCCUCCCUUCACAGAAAUGAAGACAUUGAAA